AUGUCGCAGCAAGCUUCCCUCCAGUCCUUUUUUACUCAGUCCUCCCCUCAAGGGACAGCCCCCCCACAGAACAGGAACACUCAGGAUCCCGACCCAACCCCAUCCGGAGCACAGGAACAGGAAUUUUCCACAACCUUUGCAACAGAAUCCGACUACAACGAACCCUACCAACCGAGAAUUGACUAUCUCUACCCGAGCACUGUCCCCCAUACCACGCACACCCAGACGGACCUAAACUACAUUACCUGGGCCAUCAGACACGCAACCAGCCGGAUCUGCCCACCCUCCGACAGGAUUGAGGUCCUGGAAGAGCAAUCGAUUACACUCCGGAGAACAGUGGAAACAUUGAAACACCAAAUUGAGGCUCAAACAAUGAUGAUCACCAAUAUGCACUCGGCGAUCCACGCCCUCCUCAACAAACAACCACAACCGCAGCAACCGCAACCGCAACAACAACCGCAACAAGCGCAACAACCACAACAACCACAGAGACAGAGAAAGGCCCCUCCAGCGGCCCCUCCAGCAGCUCCCCAAACAGUAUUCCAAGCAGGACCACAGGCAGCUCCUCAAGCACCAUCACAAGCCCCAUCCCGUGGAUGGAAAGCAGGCACCUGGGCAGCUGUGGCAGCUGCCGACCCUGCCCAAGGGAAAUUCCAGCUUGUCGAAAAAAGAAAGAAGCCCGCAAAGCCAAAAGCGGACCCCCUCUUUAAACCAGAAUAUACCAAAAUCAACAGAGAAAUUAUUGUUGAAACCACUGCCCCAUCUGACGUCAACCCCUCUGAGAUUAGGUCCCUGGUCAACGCAAGAAUUCAGGACGAAUCUUGCCAUUUUAUCUCAGCAAGGAGAACAGCCAAAGACAACUUCAUCCUGGAAACAAAAUUCAUCACCCCAGCAACGAAGGCAAUGGAAUAUGCCAAAGAAAUUGAGGAGGCCCUCCUCACCCUACCAGUACCGGUCGCCAACAUCCGUGCAAACUCCAAAUGGUCAAAGUUCCUUCUCCACGGAAUCCCCACAACGAUCGGGGAGGGCAUCGAGGCAGGACAAUUGGUACCAUCCGAAAUCAGAAGCAAUUAUGGAGAGAACCUCCAACUUGCACAGGUUCCCCGCUGGAUCUCCAGAGCAGAGACUCGAAUGGGGAAAACCCACUCAUCAAUGGUCAUCGCGCUUCCAGGACAAGUCACGAUGGAAACACUAGGAAUCAAAUUCCUGUCCCUUUUUAACCGAAGCUGCCAUAUCGAGGCUUUCCUCCCAACCUUCCCAGACACCCAGUGUGCGAAAUGCCUCGAAUACGGCCACCGCCAGGAAAAAUGCAAGAACAGUGGAAAAUGCGGCCAUUGCGCCGGAGAACACCUCACCAGCUUCCACCCAUGUAACGAAUGCCAGGGAGGAUAUAAAUGCACCCACACCCCAAUCAGAUGUCUGAACUGCAAAGGAAUCCAUAAGGCCUCUGACCCAGCAUGCCCCGAAAGAGUCAAACGCCGAUUCCUUAACAAAGGGAAGGAAAACGCCCCACCCGCCCAAGACCCACCUGCCGCACCCGCCCAAGA